AUGUUCAUUUUCUUUUGUCAAGAUCCACAGUUAAAUCCAAUCAUAGAGAGUCUUUUUAAAGAGCUUGCAUAUAAUGAAGCUUGCCUUCCGGUAAGAUUUGUCACUUAACGUAUAUACUGUAGUGUAUCUUGUAUGCUCAAUUUAAAUCUCGGGACGCAAUCCUCUUAUAAACUCGAAGUGAUCAAUAAGUUUCAUUUUGUUGCAAACAUACAGUAACACCAGUGUUGUAAAGGCCCAUUUACACGAUACGAUUAGUUGUAUACGAUUGUCAUUCUGACGAAUGAAAACGAGUGCUAAUGCCACGUUAUUGCUUAUUCGCUAAUGGCGAAAUUUGAAAUGUGACGUUUGUACGCGUGUUUAUUCGAUCACAUACGUCAGAGUAAGAAUAGUAUACAACUAAUCGUACCGUGUAAAUGGGCUUUACAUGUUGGGAGAAUUAAAUUUUGCAAGAUUAUUUAGGUGAAUUAAUUGACGAAUCACUGUUGAUCGAUUCGAAGCCACUACAUCAGCUCAUAUUUCAGGCAGGCCAUAUUUGAGAAAUGACAGGCGAAAACAAAUUUUACAUGUCAAGCCAAAAAUAAAAUGGCAGGCGGAAUUCUACAAACACAAAGACACAAUCGAUUUGCAGGUUGCCAUUUUCUUAUAGCGGUUUGCCGUAACGUCAAUCUUAAGGUUCAUAUACUGUAAGGCAGUUACAAUAUGGAGGGCAAAUACAUAAAUUAUUGAUAUGCAUGAAUACAAUUAACAUUUAAUCUUUAUGUUCAUACCUAAGUGAGACCGUUUUGGCAGUUCAAAAAUAGAAAUGGCAGACCAUAAUUUAUUUGACCAACAGCAACAACAACAACAACAACAACAACAACAACAAAAAUAGUCUAACAGGCCAUAUGUUUUUCCUAUUCCAAGCCCUGCACUAUACAGUAUAUACAAGGACAGCCUUUUUUGAAUUGGCUUUAUACAUAUCACCGUCAAUGAUUUAGUAUCGUUAUCUAGGAUACGUUUUCAGUGUGUUUUACUCUUCUCUCGCAGGUUCUUCAACAAAGAUUUCUACCAACAUUGGUCAGUUUACUGGAAGUCCCACAAGAGAAAGUUCCUUCCGGUAUAAGAGCAGUAAGUAACACAGUAUAAUCCUCGCAUAACCUUUAUUUCAUCAGCGAUGUAGAAGAUUGAGCUCAUGGGCACAAAGGAGAGAUAUACCUCAUCUGUGUCGUGGGGGAGGCUUGGCGGGGCUGAGUUUUAUGUUGAUUUGAGGGGCAAAGCUCCCAAUAUUUUUCAGAUUGCAUAAUCAUAACCUGGAAAAUUAUUUUUUCAAACGAUUUAUUAUUAGUUCAAACGAUACGGUAAUGCUUUCGGUAAUCUGUAACUGAUUACUAUGGUCCCACCAUUGGAUCAUUUAUGCGGCUGCAACAUAGCGUCCUAUUUUGGAAUCAUUUCAAGUUAAGUCCUUUCUUGAUUUAAAAAUUAAUUGAAGAAGUGCUAGAACCAGAAAUCAAUGUUGGAACAUCCCUCCAGCAAGCCCCCCUUGUUUAGAGCUUCCCUUGUUAGCAUAUUAGUUCUACGCCAUUGCUUCAUCAUUAUCACCAAUUGACUAUAUAUUUAUUCUGGGUUUGUUUUACCAGGUUGCGUUGGACAUUCUAUGUCAUAUGAUUCGCGGUAGCCCUCAGGUGUUGUCAGAUGCUCUUAUUAAUAAUGUAUUUCCGCCUUUGGUCGCUUUUAUUUUGGGUUCAGACGACAACGCUAUACUACAG